UUAUAUAUAUAUAUAUAUAUAUAUAUAUAUAUAUACUUUGUCUGUGACUGUAUAAUUUGGUUGUGAUUGAAUAAUUUGAUUUUAUGCUUGUAUCACGAUUGUGUUACCUACAACCGGUUUAUUUGAUUUUAAUGAUUCAUUACCGAUAUGAUAUCCAGAAAAAUUGGAGCCAUAACCUAAAAUUAGGCAUGUGCAAAGAAUCGUAAAUAGUGAAAUAUGCAAAUUAAAAAACCUAUUACAAUGUAUAAUGUCUAUGAGCAGUUAACUAUUAAAGAUAUAGCAAAUUGGGUCGCCUCUGGAGCAAUAAUAUUUGGUGGUAUUAUUCCAUAUGUACCACAAUAUAGAGAAAUUAAAAAAAGGAAUAGCGCAGAAGGAUUUUCUCUUUAUGUAUGCUUUACACUUUUAAUAGCUAAUACGUUACGUAUUUUCUUUUGGUUUGGAAAACAUUAUGAAAUACCUCUUUUAUUACAAAGUAUAUGUAUGAUUGUUACUAUGUUUAUAAUGAUUAAACUGUGUAUAAAUGUACAAAGCAGAAAUCAAGUAAUAAAAGCUAGAGAACGUGUAUUCUCAGGUAUAUCAACUGUAGGGGAAAAACAAAUUAUUAACAUAUACAGUAAUGUAUCCUUAAUUUAUAACACUUACACAGAUUUUGAUGCAAAUUUUUUUUGGAAGUGGACAGAUUUUCAAUCUUACGUAGACUUCAUGCUGUUGUUUGCAACAUUAAUAGGAGUUCUAACAUAUCUACUAGUGGAUGUACCAAUAUUUGUUGAAACUAUAGGAUUACUUGCAGUAUUAACAGAAGCCAUGCUUGGAGUACCACAAUUCUUGCGUAAUUUUUUUAAUAAAUCAACUAAUGGAAUGAGUAUUGUUAUGGUUGCAAUGUGGACAUUAGGUGAUGCAUUUAAAACGUGUUAUUUUGUUAUAAGAGAAGCUCCAAUUCAAUUUGAAGUUUGUGGUACUCUUCAAGUUAUAAUUGACAUUGCAAUUCUAACACAGGUAUAUAUUUAUCAAAGUAUAACAACAGUACAUACUAGAGUUCCAGUUCGAGUUGAUUAAAAAUAAUCCUAGUGCUCCAUUUGUGAAUGUAACAAAUUUUUUUCUAUAACUUUCAUUAAUUAAAAGAUUUAUCUAUGUUAUAGAUACAUAUGUAUUUAUAUGUACAUUUGAUUGUACAAAAGAAAAAAAAACAAGAUGAAAUACAUAAUAUAUUGUAAAUAAGCAUGUAUCAAACUAACAUUUCUGAUUUUUACUUGAAGGAUAAAUUAUAUUUUUUUAAUUAUAUUAAACUUUUGAUACAUUUUAAUUAUAUUACAAUGUACAAAUUUUAUUAAAUAAAAUUUUGUUAAUAUAAAAAGAAAUCAA